AUGUCCCAAGCUAUCGGCAACACCGCGCUGGCGUAUGCUCGGGUCUGGCACCAUGUCGACGCCUCUGACCGUGUUCUCGGCAAGCUUGCUGAGCGCAUAGCUAUUGUGCUCAUGGGCAAACACAAACCUAUUUACGACCCCGCGGUGGACUGCGGUGACUACGUCGUGGUGACAAACGCACGGAAGAUCCACGUCUCCGGCAAGAAAGCGGAGCAGCUGGUCUACAGAAAACACACCAUGUAUCCGGGAGGGCUGAAGGAGAUUCCGUACGCGCGGAUGAUGGAGAGAAAACCCGACCAGAUCAUUCGGGAGGCCGUCUCCGGUAUGCUGCCUAAAAACAAGCUGCGCGACCGCCGACUGGAACGGCUACGCAUCUUCCCCGACGGAGACAUGGGAACCUUCGAGCAUAAUAUCUUGAAGCGGUGGGAGGACGGGACGUUGCCCGCACGGUCACAGCCUGCGGAGCCCACGUCGCAGCCCUAG